AGUGACCAGCGCUCCCGUCGUGUCCUCACCUCUUCCUCCUCCUCCUUCCCCGAGGCCCAGCAGCAGUGUGAUCCCACCGCAGGACUCCGAACGCAGAAACUCCAUCGACGCGCUACACCACCUGUUUGAACAGAAUGCAUUGUUCCGCCCACCUGUUGCUGGUCGCCCUGGCCGUGGUCCACGCCCUUCCCGCGCCCAAUACCCGCACUAGCAGCCUCCAAACGCCCUCAGCGAACCACGACCCGCGGAUACAGAAGCGGGCUGUUAGCUCAGACCCCAACGAAGAGGAAAUAGCCGUACUGAAAGACCUGAUCCUGGCCCGGGUGGCGUCGGAGCUGCAGGAUUCCUUGCAGGAGGUCCCCACCCUGAAAAAGAUCCUAUCAGAGGAAGAGCAGCAGCAGCAGCAGCAGGGAGAGGAGGUCAAGAGGAAGAGGAUGUUCGUCCCUCUAUCCGGCCUGCCAGGGGAGUUGCCUACCAUCAAGAGGCAGAUCCGCUACCACCAGUGCUACUUCAACCCCAUCUCCUGCUUCAGGCGGAAGUGAGCAGCCGGUCUCAGCUUUGGCGCCAAAACCAGCUCGUCUCAGCGUUCGCGCCAAAACCAGCUUGUCUCAGCGUUCGCGCCAAAACCAGCUUGUCUCAGCGUUCGCGCCAAAACCAGCUCGUCUCAGCGUUCGCGCCAAAACCUGCCUGGCGACAUCGCUUA